AUGUAAGAAAAUUAGAAAUCUGACAUGGCUCCUUAGGAUAAAUAAUGGGAAUGGAUACCAUGUUCAUAUGAUGUUAAACGUAUAUCAAAGGAUACAGAAACAACUUGGAACUUAAGUCCUUCAGUUUAACUUAAAAUACCAUCUGAAUAAGGUUAAAUAGAUCCUCUUAUUGAUCUUAAAAUUGAACAGAGUAGAAAUUUUAUUUACACAAAUAAAAAUGCAUUAGGUUGGAAUUGGCAUAAGAGUUGGAAUCUACCAGAUAUUGGAGUUGAAUUAGAUGUAUGAAAUAAUAUUUUUAUAAUUAUUUUAGAUCACUGAUCCCACCACUGAUGAAAAACUUGCUCCCCCUGGAAAAAUAUAUGUAUUUCAGCUUUUUUUUAUUUAGGCUAAAAUUUAAAUUGUAAAACCAACAGUAAGUCCAAUGAAGACUUUUCAUCUAUUAGAAGUAGGUGUUAAGGGAAAUUAAAAAAUGGAUUUAGAAAAUAAUAAAUGUAUAUUCUCAGGACUCAAAUUUAACACUACUUCUUAUAAUCAUGAUGUAUCUCAUUUAUUUUAUUUAGCAUUAAAAAUUUCAUAUCAUAAUUACACUUUAUCUCUGUUAAAGUAAAUUUGAAUUCCCAUAAAUAUUAAUAUCACGUAUUUCUCCUCCAAUUUUCGUUGAUUCCAGAAAAUCAGCCAGAGACAUUGAACAAUAAAAUAAAUAAAAGUUACAAUCUUAUUUUGAUCCUUUUCCUACUAACACUCUUGAAAAACAAUUUACAACUACUAAACCAUAAAAUACUGAAAUUAUUACUAAUACUAUUGAAGGAUUAAAUAAUUAUUUCUCUGCUCCCAAUAUAAGGCAUAAAGUUAAACAUCCAAUAUUUCUCUGUAUCAAAUUUAGUUCAUGCAUUAAAUUGUAUCUCAAUACAAAUGUAUUUAAAUUUUAAGACUCUAAAUCUUUAGUUUUAACUAUUUAAUAAGUCUUAUAUAAAAGUACAAAUAAUAAUGUCAAUAAUAAAUUGGAUUAAAAAUAUAUCAUAUUGUGUGUUGAUAGUAGUAAUACUAUUAGUAAAUUUCAAUAACAUCUUAAGAAAUUAUAGGAAUUCUUAGAACCAUUCAAUAAUGAUGACAUUGAAGUAGUUAUUGAUCCUGUUGAAUUACCUAAAAAUUUUACUUAAAUUACAGAUUUAACUGAUCUUAAAUAAGCAUAUAUAGAUGUCUAUGAUAAACUUUUAUAAUUGAAAAAGAAUGAAUCAUAAUAAGAGGAUAAUUAAGAAUAUGAAGAAUAACCAAGAAAAAAAAAGAAAUCUAAAGAGUAGGAAGUUGUUUAGAAUAAUUAAGAAAAAAUUAUUAGAAAAGUUAUUUAAAUUUAAGGUCCUAAUAUUUCUUAACAAAGAUCUCAUCAUACUCAUGUAAUUCAAAGUGCUGAAAUGCUUAUAGAAUAAUAACAUCAAUAUCUAGAUAAAGAUCAUGUAAAGGAAGAGAAUUUAGUUUAAGAAGAGAAACCUCAUUAAUUUGGUUUACCAGAUCUUAUUUAAUAAACUGCAAUAAAUCUUAAUAAGAUAUUAUUAUUAAGAGCUUUAUUACCUUAGUAAUAACCACCAUAAUGAUUUUGAG